CGGAAAUAUGAAAAUAUGGCUUCUAUAUCAUUGGAUUAAAGGAUACGUUCCUUGAGAAUGGGCAAGAAAGAAGAAAAUAGAAGAUCUGAUUAUCUCGAUCUCGAACACCGUAGACUCUAAUUUCAAAGGCAGAAUGAACUAAAUUAUUGUGGAUGGUUUUACUAUUAGCUUAUCGAAAAAAAACCCGCAAAUGGGUGUCGUUAUUGCAAUGGCCCCGUGAAUACAUCGUUUCCUUGGCUAGUCUAGGAGUUGUAGACUAGCUCAGCUACUACUAAAGUAGUAAUUAAAAGAAGUCUGUAUCAAUAAUUUUCCUUGUGAAUUUAUAGCAGUUGGUUUGUGUCUUUGUGAUGAGACAGCCAAAGCUAAACCAAAUCAUUAUUAUAUUGUGAUAUAUAAAGCCUCCCUUACUGUCCUAACCUGGAUCAUGAUAAUUAACUUCACUUUAGAAUAGUUUAGAUCCAUGUAAUAAUCAUUAAUCUAUAAUUAUCUGAAAGUCAAAUGUGUGGGCGUAACUGUCCAGUCAAUAAGGAAGGGAGGGUCAGACUAUGGUGACUCUCACUGAAGAGUGUUACCUCACAAUAAAAACCUAACAUCUGAUUCUGCUACUCUGAAAACCCAAUAAUGCCCAUCUUAUUUGUUUGAAAACUGUGCUGUAUUUAUAACUGCCAUGGAAUCCUCUUCUUCCGUUCGGUAAAGUUUGAUGAUGGAUACAGAAAGUUGAACAAAACCAAUUGUUUAAAUGUUUUGAGGCUCCUCUCUUUGACUCUUUCUCUUAUGAUAAAUUUUCCCUACCCUCAGAUUACAAGUUCCAUUCAUUUCUUGUUCUCUUUCUUGUUCUUAGCAAGACACAUUACGGUCCUCAGAGACUCUUGUUCUUAUAGACAGGACAACCAUGUCAAUGUUGGUGAAAUAAGUCAGGUUUUAGUAGAUAUGUAUAAGAACCAGCUGCAGGAACUUGCACAAAGAAGCUGUUUCAACCUUCCUUCAUAUGCUUGCAUCAGAGAAGGUCCUGAUCAUGCACCAAGAUUCAAAGCUUCUGUGAAUUUUAAUGGUGACAUCUUUGAAAGCCCAAGCUACUGCACUACACUGAGACAAGCAGAGCAUGCAGCUGCAGAAGUAGCCCUUAAUGUCCUCUCCACUAGAGGUCCUUCAAGGUCUCUAACAGCAAGAGUUCUUGAUGAGACUGGGAUUUACAAGAACCUCCUUCAAGAAACAGCUCACAGAGCUGGGCUUAACCUCCCUGUGUACACCACAGUGAGAUCAGGUCCUGGCCAUAUCCCAACUUUUACUUGUACUGUGGAGCUUGCUGAGAUGAGCUUCAAUGGUGAGCCAGCCAAGACAAAGAAGCAAGCUGAGAAGAAUGCCGCUAUUUCUGCCUGGUCUGCCUUGAAAAGAAUGCCAAAUCUGGAGCCAUUGACAAAGAAAGAAGCUGCAGAAGCUCAAGAACAAGUAAGAAGGAAAUAUCACAAUUUGGGAAGAAGAAUGGUCAAGGGUCCUCACAGGGUAACUAGCUCUAGUAAUUCUCUACAACAUCCACAAUGGAGGCUAAUGGAUCUAGUGAUUGAUUCUCCGACAGAUGGUUCUUCAUCACAGAAACAUAAAUCUUUUGUGUCUCUCCUUCCUCCACCUCCUCCUAGAACAACUUCAAAAAUCUUACCAUCACCAAGUGUUUCACAUAGGCAUAUUCCAGUGCAUAUUAGGAGCAAUUCACAGGAGCAUCAAAAGGAUGGGGAAGAAUGGAUAUGUGGGCAACCAGAUUCCAAAAUCAAUUCCAUGGGAAAGGAAGGUCCAAUCAACAUUACUAAUUCAAGUGUUAUCCAAGGAUCAAGUUCAAGAAAUAGGCCACUUCCUCUGUUUACCACUGGAAAGCUUGGUACUUCAUCUCCAAUGGCUAGAAGCGUAUACACUGGAGGAUUCAAUGUUCCUUAUAGGAUGGCACCAGCAGUUACGGUAAGGUCAGUGAUCCCAGUUUGUGCAGCACCACCACCAGCAACAAAAUCAUCUAUCAAGGAAAAUACAACAAGUAAUUCUCCUUCCAUAUCAUCAAUGUUCAACAAGCCAGAGCCAGAGCCAGAGCCAGAGCCAGCCACACUCACAAACCCAAUUCCAAACCUAAGUUCAGAGCUCAAUAAGCUACGUUUAUGAAGAAAUAUUGACAUUUCCUGCCAGUUUAAAUUCAUGGGUUUUUGUAAUUGUUCAGUAAACUCUGGUUUUCACUGCCUUAGCAUCUCAAAAACCAUGAUUUGUGACUUUUGUCUCAUGGGUUUUCGUAGAAUUUUGUAGUAAAAUGGAGAAAAACUUUUCACUCUCUCAGAGAGAGAGGGAGAGAGGGGAGAGCAUUAAAUGAUUUCUGGAGUUGUGGGUUGCAGAAGAUAAAGAUGAACAGACACAUGCAGCGAUAAACGUAAGCAUUUAAUUUACCGACUGGGAGGGAAUUAAUUGGGGUUGUCUUCACCAUUAAUGCUCACCAUUGUCUUCCUUUAAAGUCUCAGCUUCUUCUCCCUCUUAUUAAUUGUGUUGUGUUUCUGUGGCUCUC